GCGAUAUCAAAAAAUUUAAAGAUGUCAUUCAUGUGAUUAAUAAACGUUUGUAAAUAAAUAGCUGACGACUUGGAUUAACUCAUGGUCCUCGGUCAGCAGUCCUGCUCGCAACACGUCAUUAGUAUUUUAGUGAAACAGUGCCAAAGUAUUAUAUAGACAUUAUAACCAAAAAACAAGAACAAUUUUUCUACUACAAUUUUCUUAAAAUUAUACAGAACUCUUCAAUUAUGGACACAAGCAAUGAACACAAAAGACUUGACUACAUUUGCUGGAGGGAUUACUUCAUGGCCAUUGCUUUUUUGGCUGCAAAACGAAGCAAAGACCCUGUCUGCCAAGUUGGAGCUUGUAUUGUUAACAAAGAAAACAAAAUUAUGGGCAUUGGGUAUAAUGGUAUGCCUAACGGUUGCUGCGACGAUUUUUUCCCAUGGGGCAAGAACUCACCGAUACCAACAGAAACUAAGGCUUUAUAUGUGUGCCACGCCGAAAUGAACGCUAUACUUAACAAAAACUCUGCAGACGUCAAGGAUUGCACGAUAUUCGUGGGAUUAUUCCCUUGCAAUGAAUGCGCCAAGAUUAUCAUACAGAGCGGCAUCAGGGAGGUGGUAUAUUUAUCCGAUGAAAAGGCGCACAAGCCCAGCUACCAAGCGUCCAAGAGGAUGUUCGACGCCGCUGGCAUCAAGUACUGGCAAUACACACCUCAGACCGACAAAAUCGUGAUAGACUUUAAGAAACUCAAGCUUUCGGAAAGCCCUUCUAAGGCAGAAAUUGAAAAACUCACAUUAAAUGAUGUGUAACACCCAAUGAAAAGGUUGAAAAUAUCUCCGUUCUAAUAGAACGGGAGCAUAAUAAGCAAAUUAUGUGAUAUUUUAUGGUUACUUGGACAACUCGGAAUAUAAUUUUUUGACGAGCUUUUGCAUUGUGAACAAAUGUGAUAAAUAAG